AUGCUUCGUGGAAAGUCGCUUCGUCUCGCGCAGGUGCUUCUCACAGUAGCACCCGCAUUCAUCACCUACGGAUACAAUCAAGCUGGUGUAGCACCGCUUGCCACUUUGCAUUCAUGGGUCAGCACGUUUCCGGAGAUUGACACCGUCAACACCGAGGGUGCUAUCAAGGAGAGAAACUCGACAAGGAAAGGUGCAGUCAUUGCGUCUCUUCAACUGGGAGCCCUCGUGGGAGCGCUCUCAUGUGUCUACUUUGGUGACCUUCUUGGUCGGCGCAAGACCAUCUUCAUGGCGACUAUCAUUACUAUCAUUGGAGAGCUGUUGCAGACAUCUUCCUACGGAAUUAUUCAGUUUACCCUAGGUCGAGUCCUCAUUGGCAUCGGAGUCGGGCAACUAAGUGCGACUGUUCCGGUGUGGCAAGCCGAGUGCAGUUCCGCAAAGAAUCGUGGACAACACGUGGUGGUCGAUGGAAUCUGCAUGGUGCUGGGCUUCGUGCUCACCAAUUGGAUUGAUUACGGCUUCAGCAAGACGACCGGUGAGAUGCAGUGGCGUGUCCCAUUGGCAUUAUCUUUCUUUUUCCCCCUGACCAUUCUCGGAUCGGUGUUUUUGCUUCCCGAAUCACCACGGUGGCUGGUCUUUGUAUCCAGGACGGACGAAGCAAUGCGGAGCCUGGCAGCGUACAGAGGUCUCCCAGUCGCCGACGAAGUGGUGCAGACGGAAAUUGCCAGCAUAGAGUCAUCGCUGGAGCUCACGGCGCGGUCCAAGAGCCUCACAUUGCGAGAGCUGUUUCUGGGGGAUGAUGAGGAACGUCUCCUGUACCGGUUUGCCCUCUGCCUCGUCAUUCAAUUCUUCCAGCAGAUGUGUGGGGGCAACCUGAUCUCCACCUACAUUUCGACCAUCUUCGAGGAGAACCUCAAUCUGGACGCAGAGCUGUCCCGGAUUUUAGGCGCCAGCGCAUUGACAUGGAAAUUCGUCUGCAACUUCAUUCCUUUCUUCGCGAUUGACCGCCUCGGCCGGCGCAAGGUCUUCAUGUUCAGCGGGGCCGGCAUGUGUCUCUGUAUGGUGGUGUUGGCCAUCACAACCAGCUUCGGCGACGCCAGCAAGAGACUAUCAAUCGUCUCCGUCGUCUUCAUUUGGCUCUUCAACAUGUUCUAUCCCAUUGGCUUCUCCGGUGCAAACUUUCUCUACUGCACCGAAGUCGCACCCAUGCGUUUGCGUGUCGCCAUGUCGUCUGCAUCGACUGCAAACAAGUGGCUUUGGAAUUUUAUCGUGGUGAUGAUCACGCCAGUUGCGCUCGACACAAUUGGAUGGAGAUACUACAUUGUCUAUGCCGUCGUUUCGGCGUGCAUCCCUGUAACCGUGUAUUUGUUCUACCCCGAGACAAUGGGUCGCAACCUCGAGGCCUUGAACCACGUGUUCCGCGACGCCCCUUCUCCGCGGCAUAUUGUGGCAAUGGCGAGAAAGCUUCCGCAGGGGGACGUGACAAACGUGGAUGUGCAAAGGGCGGAGGAGAAGGUGACUGUCGAGCAGAAGGAACGUGCUUGA